UGAAAGAGCAUAACGACACCGGAGUGUAUGUGACAAACCUGUCGAUGCAUACCGUCCACAACGUUAAGAGUUGCGAACAGAUUAUGGACAGGGGGUGGAAGAACCGGUCGGUCGGCGCCACUCUUAUGAACGCUGACUCUUCGCGCAGUCAUUCAAUAUUCACCAUAUAUUUGGAGCGAAUGGAGACCGAAGUGAGUGAUGACAACAAUAUAAGGAAAGGGAAACUGAAUUUAGUUGAUUUGGCCGGAAGUGAGCGCCAGACUAAGACAGGCGCCACCGGAGACCGUCUGAAAGAGGCCACAAAAAUUAAUUUAUCGCUUUCGGCGUUAGGCAAUGUCAUAUCAGCGCUCGUCGACGGCAAAAGCAAACACAUCCCAUACAGGGAUUCAAAGCUAACCCGACUCUUACAGGACAGUCUGGGCGGCAAUACUAAGACACUUAUGAUCGCAUGCCUUUCACCCGCUGAUAACAAUUAUGACGAAACCCUGAGUACAUUGCGGUACGCAAAUCGGGCCAAGAAUAUACAGAAUAAGCCUAAAAUUAAUGAAGAUCCAAAAGACGCUCUCCUCAGAGAAUACCAACAGGAAAUCAUUCGUCUUAAGAGUCUUAUGACCGGCGAAGUUAUCAAUGAAAACCCUUCGAUUCCAAACAAAGAUAUUGAAAAAAUUAAAGAAGAAUAUGACCUAAAAAUGCAAGAUUUGGCCGCAAAAUACAGGGAAGAAAUGGAGAGCAACGCUAAAUUGAAAGAAGAUAUGAAUAAAAUGAAAUCCAAUUAUGAAAACUUGUCGUCUAAUGAUAAGAAAGCUGUAGACAAACAUACAUCGAGUGUAGCACUUGAUCACAAUCAUAACGAUGACAUCCAAAGCACAGACAUUAUUGAAAUGCAAUCACAGGCUAUGGAAAGACUUCAGGCACUGGAGGGCCAAAUGGUUGGCGGAGAAAAGGCCAACGAUAUUGAGUUCAAAGAGAAAAGAGACAAACGGAAGAAAAUCGCCGAAAAGAAGAUAAACGCCAUUUCGGAAGCGCUGGCAAAGCUGGACGACAACGACGAUCGACUACUUCUCAAAGCUUACGGUGACAUCACUGAAGACUUGAGGGCGAGAACUGUGUUAUUGAAAAAAGCGAAGAAAAAGAUCCAGGGAUUAGAACAAGAAGUGAAUGAUCUUCAAAGCGAAUUUGAAUCCGACAGAACAGACUAUUUGGAGACAAUCCGUCGACAAGUCGGACAAAUUAAACUUCUGACACAAAUUCUGGAGAAAGUGGAGCCCUGUCUUCGGCGGGACUGUAAUUACGCGAAUAUCGAUAGAAUCAAAAUGGAAAGCGUUUGGGACGAAGAUCUUCAGAAGUGGCGUUUACCUGAUCUCGUUGUGUCUCAAACCAAAUUACCGCCGCCUCCCGGAGGUAUGCAACCCGGGGGUCGAGAACCAGCCCUUUCGAACCAGUAUCGGCCAAAUGCAGACAAUAUGACCACAAAUGGGACA